AUGUCAAUUCUCAAAGUGGUAAUCAGCGGUGCAGGCAUCGCUGGACCGGUCGCAGCAUACUUCCUCGCCCAGGCGAACGCAGAAGUCACAGUCAUCGAACGAGCCCCAGCGCCUCGAAGGGGAGGCCAAAAUGUCGAUAUUCGAGGCCAUGGAUUGACGGUCCUGCAGCGCAUGGGCGUUGAAGAUGCCAUUCGCGCGAAGACCACCGAGGAGAAAGGCUUGCGCUUCGUGGAUGCCGAUAAUCGAUCUUGGGCGGAUUUCCCGGUCGAUGAUGGGAAAGGGUUUACGUCUGAUAUAGAGAUUAUGAGAGGCGACUUGGCCAAUAUUCUAUAUGAGCACAGCAAGGGCCAUGUAACGUAUCGUUUCGGCGAUAGUGUCAGGUCAUUCUCCGAGGACGAUGAGGGAAUCGAUAUACAGCUCGAAAGCGGCAAGACCAUCCAUGCUGACGUGCUGAUCGCAGCAGAUGGUUGGAACAGCGCUACCAGAAAACUUGCAUUUGGUUCCGACAUUUCCCAGUCCAGCGUCAACGACCUCGGACAAUGGACUGCAUGGUUCACAAUCCCUCCUUCACCAAGCGACAGCUACUGGGCCAGAUGGUACAAUGCACCUGGCAAGAGAAUGGUGCUGAUUCGUCCUGACGCUGGUCGAUCGAGCAGAGUCUCGCUGUGGGUUAUGCCGAAGGACGACAAGCUGGACCACCUGGUCAAAGCCGACAUGGCUGAGCAGAAGGCUCACUGGCUCCGGCUGUUCCAGAAUGCAGGCUGGGAGACCGACCGUGUCCUGAAAGCACUGCCACAAGCAGACGACUUCUACAUGCAGAAAGUCGCGCAAGUGAAGCUCCCAAGCUGGUCUCAAGGCCGAGUCGUAGUGGCGGGUGACGCUGGCUAUUGUCCUUCACCCAUCUCCGGGAUGGGCACCACCGUUGGGGUGGUCGGGGCAUACAUUCUAGCCGGAGAGCUGGCAAAGCAACCCAACGAUGUCGCGAUGGCUUUCAAGUCGUAUGAAGAGCGCAUGCGUAAGUUCGUGGACAUUGCUCAGAAGCUGGCUCCAGGUGCUCCGAGUUUGGCGAAUCCGGACACGGCUUGGGGAAUCAAGAUUCUUUACACGUUCUUGGGCUUCGUGGCGUGGACAGGUAUCUUGGGCUGGUUUGGUGCGUCGUUCAAUCCUCCUGCGACUGCGAUUGAGCUUCCGGGAUAUCAGUUCGAGAGUAAGCCGUCGGCGUAA